AUGGAUCAUCAUUGUUAUUAUUUUGUCAUCUUUAUUUGUUUAUUCAUUGUUUGGCCAUCAAUUAUUUUAACCAAUGAUCAAUCUAUUUAUCAACCGACCAAACAGGAAAUUGAACGUUUUCAAGUAAUUCAGGAACAGAUUCGUCACCAUCAACAGGAAGAACAACGUGAACGUGAACGAAAGAAUAAGUUAGCACAAGAAGAAAUGGAUCGAAUUCGUCAGGAAAAUCAAAUUCAACCAAGACAUCCUGCAGAAUCGCUUCUUAUACCACAUUCAGCAUUGAUACCAAUGUUUAUGCAUAAGCAACAAAUCUAUAAUGAUCAUCGUGUUCCAAUGCCACCACAAGUUCAAGUACCACCUCCAUUUUCUUCAUCACAAUUUGGAUAUGGCCAUCCACAACCAAUGCAACCAUCAAUGGUAAUGCCGCCAAAUCAUUAUCAACAACCCAUGCAAAUGGCAAUCAUGCCAGAAAUGAAUCAAUUACAUAAUCCAUAUAAUAUGGAAGAUAAAAUUCGAAAUUCUCGUAUACAAAUGAAUAAUAAUGAACAUAUGAUGGACGCAAGAAAUCACCAACAUCACAAUAUUCGAAAACAAUAUGAUGAAAGACAUGAUCAAGAAGAUUUUGAAAAAAUUGAUAAACUCACUGAAAGAGGAGUGGAUACAGAGAUGAGCGAAUCUUCACGAUUCGAUAAGAAUCGUCCACAUCAUAAUUCUGUAGAGGAUUCUGGUCGUUAUGGCCAUCGAUACCGUUGUUAUUCCUGUCAAUGGAACAUUGCACAUUGUUCAGAUUUUAAUUGUUACAAUAAUCCUGAUAUUUGUACAACAAAUAAUUUUGCUCCACAUAUGGUACAACAAGCCGAUUGUCCAGGAGGCUGUGAACAAUUUGUCAUUACAGAUCCGAAUGGAUUGACACAACAAUGGAAACGUGGAUGUGCACAACCGGGCAGCUUUCCAAUUGUUCGUAUGCGUUGCCAUACCUAUUAUGAAUUUGGUGUCCGAAUUGAUCGUUGUGUUUGUAAUAAUGAUUGGUGUAAUGGAUCAACACGAAUAGUUCCGAAACAAAUCAUCUAUUUUGUUAAUUAUUGUAUCAUUAUCAUUAUCAUCAUCAUCAUCAUCAUUACAUCGAUCUUUGAUCCAAUCGUUUAAUGACCAAAUUUUCGCACUACUGAAUUCACAAUUCAUAUAACAAUCAACUGAUUGUAGCAUACCC